AGGCUGCACCACCAGCCCCAUCAAGCGCCGCCACUGCGGCGAAGAUCGCCUCGGAGGCCGCGGGUGUGGCAUGUGGCAUGGCGCUGGGCGUGCCCAUGGUACGUGGUGCAGGGCCACCGCCCCCCGGAGCACCACCUGGAGGUCAUGCGCCAAGCAGCCCACCUGGUGGUCCUCCAGGCAUCCCACCUGGAGCACCGUUGCCUCCUCCCAACGGUGUACCGCCAGGGGCCGGUGCUCCACCGCCAGGUUGGCCACCGGGUGCUCCACCAGGUGCCCCACCUCCGGGCGCUCCACCGAUGAGUGCUCCACCAAUGGGCGCCUUGCCACCAGGUGCCCCGCUGCCAGGUGGGCCACCACCUGGCGUGCCACCACCCGGUGCACCACCAGCUCCACAAAAUGCUCCGCCACCAGGCGCUCCACCACCUGGUGGACCACCUGCAACUGGCGCCCCACCAGGCGCACCGCCAGCAGGUGCACCACCUGGAGCUGCGCAGAGUUCACCUGCAGGGGCACCUCCUGAUGCAGCCCCCGCGCGCCCACCGCCUUGGGCACUUCCACCACCUGGUGCUGGGCCACCGCCUGGUGCACCAGCGCCAGGUGCGCCUCCACCAGGGUAUCCACCACAUCCACACAUGCCACAUGCAAUGCCACCACAUGGAAUGCCACCACACCCACACUAUGCCCCACCACCGCAUAUUCCACCCCACGGCGCGCCGCCGCCUGGUGCACCCUACGCACCUGCGGCGCGUCCGAUGGGUCCACCACCUCACCUUGCACCGUACGGCUUUGGGCCAAGGCCACCCUAUCAUCCACCACCCCAUGGUAUCCCUGGCUAUCCGCCCAUUCCUGGCUAUCCGCCACCCUUUGCGCCUGGAUUUCCUCCGCCGCAUCCAGACCCAGGGUAUGCAGUCCCGCGACCAGGCGCUCCACUUGGCCCAGAGGCUGCAGGACAUCCGCCAGGUGGGCCAACUGGAUCACUAUGGGGGAAAUUUGAGGAGUGCACCCGACAAGGAGCGGGAACGCGAUCGCUCCCGUCGGCGGCGCCGCUCCGACCGCGACGCCGAACGCAAGGAAACGCCGGCGUCGCCAGCGCAGCAGUAUGGCGCUGGCUUCAACGCACCAGCUGGAUCAGGGCCAUACAUCACGAAGCGCGCUGAGCCUGGCAAACCUGUGAGCAUUGACACCUUGCUGGCAGAGAUUCGGCAGAGCACAGCGCAGUAUGCAUCGACCGGGGCACAUUGUUGUCUCGAGAUGUUGGAUGUCUGUGGCAUUGCCCUGCAGGACUCUGGAGCAGCGAAGCUGUUCCAAGAGAUGACCCAGCUUCGUGUGGCAGUGAGACGGCUCAUGGUAGCAGGCAAUGGCUUGGGAGACCAGGCAAUGACCGCAUUGUCUGCCUACCUUUGGCACAGCCCUGAGCCUUUGUGGGAGCUGGGCCUUGCCGAUAACUUCAUCACGGACAAAGGUCUGGAGGAGCUCCUGAGGUGCCUCUACAACCAUCCCAGCCAUCCGCCUCGCUUUCCAGAUGCCCAAGGCGGCAACACGGGAAGUGCAUUUGCGCUGCGUCGGGAAACCCGUUGCGAUGGAACUCGUGUUUUAUUGCUGGGAAGAGGGGGGUAA